AUGCCUGAACAUAACAAGAGGGCACAUAGUCCUUCGGUUGAUGAAGAUUCUCUCCUGCGGAAAUACAAAAAACUUAAAAAACAAUUGAAGGCAAUAAGCCAUGAGGCCGCAGACAGAGACGACCGUUCUCCGUCGCACUCGCACCGGUCACGCCACUCAUCAUCCUUGAGAACGAGACGUGCAUUGGACGAAAUAUCGAUUGACGCAGCUGACCAGCUGAGCGUAAACACAGAUGGAUUUGUAGAUCUCCUGCAAGACGAGAAGCUUGAUGAAAAUGCCACUCCACCGCCAACUCCAGAGCUAGAAGGCUCGAUCCUGAAAAUAAUAGGGGAGGAACUUCCAGACAAUCAUACGUAUUCGCCUCCAUUUCAGAAAGACGUUGCAAACAAAUGGACAGAAAUGCUGAAACGUGGCUUAAAUUUGGAAGAGAAAAAUAACUUGAUCAAAAAGUAUCCCUGCGCAGAGAACUGCCCUUUAUUAGCAAGCCCCAAAUUAAAUCCAGAAGUAUCAAAGGUCAUUAAUGACCAAAUUACGCGUAGGGAUGAGAAACUAAGCAACCAGCAAAAUCAAAUUGGCGCUGCCCUCGCUGCUUUAGGUCAGCUUCUCACACAUUUUCUAUCUGAAGAAGGGGGGGGCGACAUAACCUAUAUAAAGUUAGCCAGUGAUGCAGGAAAAUUGCUGCUGGACUUUCAUCAGACCCAAUCAGUUACAAGAAGAGAGUUGAUUGCAAUCAAUUUGCGAAAAGAAUUGAAAGACACUCUUACCAACGUGUCAUCUGAUGGCUGGCUUUUUGGGGAAAAGCUGAGUGACAGAAUAAAGGCGGCCAAAGAAUUGGAAAGGUCAAGUUUGGAUCUUAAACAAAAAAUUUUCAAAAAGACAACCCCCCGUCCACGGGCCAGUGACAAACCUUUAAACCACCGCCGUCCACCUCAAGCAGUACAACUGGGAGGCAGCCAAGGUGGACGUCUCCAGAACAUGCAGCAAGCCUUCCCACAUCGCCGCACGGAUUUCUACAGAAAAACUAUCCGAAGCACCAACAAUCAAGACAAGAAAAGAACCAGGACGGAGAACCGACCACCAGUACGGGCCAGGGACCGCUACAAGCCCUAA